UUGUGCAGAGUGAAGGCAAACAGCUCUUUUUAUUUUUCCCAGCGUAUCUAAUAGAAAAUUUUCCAUACUUUUGAUACAAGCUGGAGCCAUUUGUGAACCACACUAAAUAACGUGUGGCACGAAGUCAAUAACGGAGCUUUUAUCCUGUGAGAGACACACAAACAGGUGUUUAGCUGUCAAUGAUCCAAGACAUCUUUCAGACCAUCUUUCAGACUUUGGAGGAAAUUGCUUAAUUUGGAGCAAGAACUGCAAAGACAUUGAUAAAAUGGGCUUCUGCAAGGUGGGUAAUGUUUUCCUGGAUUAGACUUAGAAGAUGGGAAAGGAAGCAAAAGAUUAAAAUAAUGUUUUGGUGUUACCUGGUUUCAUUCUCACUGUGUAUUCAAGAAUGGAUUCAUCCUUAAGUGCAACAGUUACUUCAAGAAUUCAGCAACAUCUCUAAUAAGGAAACUAUCUUCAAGAAAUUUAAAAUGCUUUCUGAAGAUGAAAAGAAGUAUACUGCAGAUGGAAAUAGCCAUGAGAUUGCUGCAUCCAGCCAGGAUCAUGAAUCUGAAGACAAACACAAGGCAAAGAAGAAGCAGAAGAAAGGGGAAAAACCUAAGAUGGUCAGCCCAUUUACACUGUUUCGAUACUCCAGCUGGUCAGAUAAAUUAUUAAUGAUACUAGGCACUCUGCUGGCAGUAGCCCAUGGAAGCAGUCUUCCUAUCGCGAUGAUAAUUUUUGGUGAUAUGACUGAUAGUUUUGUUGCUUCUGGAGACACAAAUUUUACAGGAAACUUUUCAAUGAAUUUCACUUCAGAAGUUCUUAACAAGCUGGAGGAAGAUAUGACAAGAUAUGCAUACUACUAUUCUGGAAUAGCAGCUGGUGUUCUUCUUGCUGCUUACGUUCAAACUUCAUUCUGGACCUUAGCAGCAGGUCGGCAAAUAAGAAAAAUUAGAGAAAAAUUUUUUCAUGCAAUUAUGAGACAGGAAAUUGGAUGGUUUGAUGUGAAUGAUGUGGGAGAACUUAAUACUCGUCUUCUAGAUGAUGUCUCCAAGAUUAAUGAAGGAAUAGGUGACAAGGUUGGAUUGCUUGUUCAAUCACUGACAACAUUUGUGACAGGAUUUGUUGUUGGUCUCAUAAGAGGAUGGAAGUUAACCCUUGUAAUACUAGCAGUUAGUCCUGUCCUGGGACUUUCAGCAGCCAUCUGGGCAAAGGUUCUCUCUGCUUUCACUGACAAAGAACAAGCAGCAUAUGCAAAAGCAGGUGCUGUUGCAGAAGAAGUUCUGGGAGCAAUCCGUACUGUAAUAGCUUUUGGAGGACAGGAAAAAGAAAUUAAAAGAUAUCAUAAAAAUUUAGAAGAUGCUAAACGGAUUGGAAUAAGAAAGUCUAUUACAGCCAAUAUUUCUAUGGGUGCUGCUUUCUUACUGAUAUAUGCAUCAUAUGCACUGGCAUUCUGGUAUGGAACUACUUUGAUCUUAAAUGAUGAUUACACUAUUGGCAAAGUUCUUACAGUCUUUUUCUCUGUAUUGAUUGGAGCUUUCAGUAUUGGACAGACUGCUCCAAGCAUAGAGGCAUUUGCUAGUGCAAGAGGAGCUGCCUAUACAGUCUUUAAUAUAAUAGACAAUGAACCUCAAAUUGACAGUUAUUCAGAAGCAGGUUACAAACCAGACCACAUAAAAGGGAACUUGGAAUUCACAAAUGUUUACUUCAAUUAUCCAUCCAGACCAGAUGUUGAGAUACUGAAGGGCUUGAAUCUCAAGAUUAAUUCUGGCCAGACAGUGGCCCUGGUUGGUGGCAGUGGCUGUGGGAAAAGUACAACUGUUCAACUCAUCCAGAGAUUUUAUGAUCCCAAGGAAGGCACGGUUACCAUUGAUGGACAGGAUAUUAAGAGCUUAAAUGUAAGGUAUCUGCGGGAGGUCAUUGGUGUGGUGAAUCAGGAGCCUGUGCUCUUUGCCACUACUAUUGCAGAAAAUAUUCGUUAUGGCCGUGAGGAUGUCACCAUGGAGGAGAUUGAAAAAGCCACCAAGGAGGCAAAUGCUUAUGACUUCAUCAUGAAGCUACCUAAUAAGUUUGAAACUGUGGUUGGAGACAGAGGGGCACAGCUCAGUGGAGGCCAGAAGCAAAGAAUAGCAAUCGCCCGAGCUCUCGUUCGCAAUCCUAAAAUUCUUCUGCUUGAUGAGGCAACAUCAGCUUUGGAUACUGAGAGUGAAUCGGUUGUGCAGGCAGCACUGGACAAGGCAAGGGAAGGACGCACCACGGUUGUGGUAGCUCAUCGAUUGUCAACAGUCCGAAAUGCAGAUCUGAUAGCUGUGUUUGAAGGUGGAGUCAUCAAAGAGCAAGGCAAUCAUGCUCAAUUGCUUGAGAGAAAGGGAAUCUACUACAAACUCGUUAGCAUGCAGGCAAUAGAAGCCGAAGUUCCAUCAUCAGAAAAUUAUGAGUAUGUACUUCCAUCAUCAGAAAAUUAUGAAAAUGUGCGUAGUGUCAAAAACAGUGAAUCUGAACCAGAAUUUGAAGAAUCCUUAACCAGAGGAUUGAGAAGACGAUCAACACGGAGAAGCAUGAGAAAGCCAGGAGAGCAAAGUGAUAGUCCUGAUGAAGAAAAAGCUUCACCUGCUGAAGAACUACCUCCAGCUUCAUUUAUGAAAAUUAUGAAGUUGAACAAAACUGAAUGGCCAUACUUUGUAGCUGGACUCUUGUGUGCAAUUAUCAAUGGAGCUUUACAACCUGCAUUUUCAAUCAUAUUUUCUGAAAUUAUAGGGAUUUUUUCAGAGACUGACAAGGAUUUCUUAAGAAAACAGAGCAACUUAUAUUCACUGCUGUUUUUAGUACUUGGGAUCAUUUCCUUUUUUACUUUCUUUUUUCAGGGUUUCACAUUUGGCAAAGCUGGAGAAAUUCUUACAAUGAGGCUUCGAUUCAUGGCAUUUAAAGCAAUGCUUAGACAGGAUAUGGGCUGGUUUGAUAAUCCUAAAAAUAGCACUGGAGCACUAACCACGAGACUUGCUAAUGAUGCCUCUCAAGUGAAAGGAGCAACUGGUGUCAGACUAGCAUUAAUUGCCCAAAACAUAGCCAACCUGGGGACUGGAAUUAUUAUAUCAUUAGUUUAUGGCUGGCAGCUGACCCUGCUGCUUUUAGCUGUUGUGCCCAUCAUUGCAGUGGCAGGAAUGAUUGAAAUGAAGAUGUUGGCUGGGCAUGCUAAGAAAGAUAAACAAGAGCUGGAAAGUGCAGGAAAGAUUGCCACACAAGCAAUAGAGAAUAUUAGAACUGUUGCUAGCUUAACCCGAGAAAGAAAAUUCGAGUCGAUGUAUGGAGAAUAUUUGAUUGUACCAUACAGAAACUCUGUGAAGAAGGCACAUAUAUUUGGCUUUUGUUUUGCCCUUUCACAAGCAAUGAUGUUCUUUACCUAUGCUGGCUGUUUCCGGUUUGGUGCCUACCUAGUGGUAAAUGGACACAUGCAGUAUAAAGAUGUAUUUUUAGUGUUUUCAGCUGUUGUAUUUGGUGCAAUGGCACUAGGACAAACCAGUUCUUUUGCUCCAGACUAUGCCAAAGCCAAGAUAUCAGCAGCCCACUUGUUUCUGCUGUUUGAAAGAGUGCCCUCAAUAGACAGUUACAGUGAGGAAGGAGACAAGCCUGAAACAUUUGAUGGAAACAUAACAAUCAAAGAUGUGGUAUUUAACUACCCAAACCGACCAGAGGUCAAAAUCCUGCAAGGUUUGAAUCUAAAAGUAGAAAAGGGACAAACUCUGGCUCUUGUUGGCAGCAGUGGCUGUGGAAAGAGCACCGUUGUUCAGCUGCUGGAGAGAUUUUAUGAUCCACUUGAGGGAGAAAUGCUUUUUGAUGGCAAAAAUGCAAAGGCACUGAAUAUCCAGUGGUUGAGAGCUCAGAUUGGAAUCGUCUCACAAGAGCCAAUCCUGUUUGACUUCACUAUCGCUGAAAACAUCGCCUAUGGGGAUAACAGCCGGCAGGUGCCCUUUGAGGAAAUUGUUAGUGCAGCAAAAGAAGCCAAUAUCCAUUCCUUCAUUGACUCGCUGCCAAAUAAAUACAAUACUCGUGUAGGAGACAAGGGAACGCAGCUUUCCGGAGGCCAGAAACAACGUAUCGCUAUUGCCCGAGCUCUUGUACGCAAGCCCCAAAUCCUGCUUCUGGAUGAAGCUACUUCUGCCCUAGACACAGAAAGUGAAAAGAUUGUCCAGGAAGCGCUGGACAAAGCUCGAGAAGGUCGCACGUGCAUCGUGAUAGCUCACCGCCUCUCCACCAUCCAAAAUGCUGACAAGAUCGCUGUGGUCCAGAAUGGCACAGUUGUAGAGCAGGGCACCCAUCAGCAGCUUCUGGCUGAAAAAGGCAUCUACUAUUCCCUGGUCAAUGUUCAAAAUGGAUAAUGCAACAUCUCAGUUAAAGGGAGUAUUUAUCUCUGAAUUGUCACUGUGGUUACUUUUUUCAUUGUAAUUAUUUCAAUAUCAACAGUCAGUCUUGAUACUUUUGGUUUUCUUCAUUCCUUUCAAAAGUUAUACAAACCCAAGAAAUACUAAGUAAAUGUGUACCAGUUUCUCACUACUAGUUUUCAUUAUUCAAACCUCUUUACUGUGUGGCCAAAGCAGAUGCCCAUUGCACUCAUGGAAGUAGAAGCAUGCUAAACCAAAUGUAAUUAAUAUUAGCUUGCUUUGAACUCUUUCAAAAAUCAUACUAAUUAGGUGCAAGCAACUUGGAAGUAUUUUCAUGCUCAUUAAAAACAGUUUUUCUCUUAUCAGAAAUAAACCUCAAGCCUUAUCCUCACUGUGCCUGUGUAAGACAGUCAGUCCUGGCCUGCUAGGCUUGUUACCAAUUGUUAUGAGAACUUGCAGGUCAGCUGAAGCUUGAUGCCAGAUGUCUCUUGUUAUGAUGUGGAGUUUUAGCCUGGGAUGUUAUCAAAUGCCUUAAAAAUAUGGGCACAGGCUGAAAACAAAGGUCCCAGAACUGUAAGUUCCUACUGAUGGCUAGUUACUGAUCACUGGGUCAGAUGAAGAGUUGAAGCCUUAAGAGACAGAAAAAGACUGCUUGAAAUUAAACAGUAGAUAAGGAAAAAACCCAAGACCACAACUGAUGGGCAAGACAAGGCAUCUGCUGCAGCCUGGGAUAGUACUCUCUGCCAGCCUCUCAAAGUCCUAGGAGUCAGAGGUCAAGGACUAAGAGCUCUCUAAAGGCUGCAAUAUUUUAUACAAGGUGAAAAACCUGGAUUUGGACUUGGAGGAGCAUCCUUUUCAGUGUUGACAUCCUUGGUUGAAGAGCUCUUGAACCUGAGCACUGCCGUGACUGAUGCUCUCAAGGACUGUAACCAUUGGUGCUGAAUUCUUGGCAUUGGCUCUGGGAUAUUGUAUAUUAUUUGCUAAUAUAGGAUGGCUGUUAAGGGCUAACUGCUUUGAAUAUGGAGUAAUAUUGAUUAAUAAUUAUUAAUAACUAAACAGUGCAGAAAUGUAUUUUGUUAGUGACUAUUUACACAGUAAAGUUUUGUUUUUAAGUUUAAAACUGUCUUGAUUAAUCAGUUGUCCACAUUUCUGUUGUAGCAAUUUCUCACUCCCUGAGAUUUAUACAUUUGGUCUGUUACCUACACCUAGGUAUUUAUUCAAGCAGAACCAGUCUUUAGACAGAUAGGCUCAUCAAUUAGACUCAACCAUGUACUAAUUACACUCUACAGAAUGUUGAUUGAUGCAGUCUUGUUGUAUUCCUCUUGAAUUGCAUACCUAUUUUCUUUUGUUUCUGUCUUAGAUAGAAAACCAGUUUGACUGGAAAAUUUUUUUGUUUCAUAUUUAUUGCUUGAUACAAAAAUGUUAUUGUCUAUCAGUAAGGAUAUUACUCUGCAUAAUAAUUUUAAAAAGUUGUACUUGCAACUGUAAGAAUGAAAUAGAUGCUUCAACAUUAUAGUCUGAACAUUCAAGUAAGAACAUACUUAAACUGAUUUUUUUACUAAAUUCUGGAUGUUAGUAUUUUAUUUUUAAACUAGAAUUUUUAGUUGUUUUUACUUGAUUAGUGAUGAUCUGGUUAUUUCCCCAACCCAUUUCAACGGUGCUUGAUUUACCAGACCAAAUUAGCUCUUCAUGAAAAUCAAGAAAGCACUGUAAAUAUUUCACCAGAAACAUCUGAAAACCAAUUUUUAAAAUUUUGGCCAUAUAGUUUAAAAUAUAUUUCGGGAAUUCAGGUCAAAUGCAGAAACAUUGUGAAACAACCUAUUUUCCCCCAUUCUUUUCUUCUACAUUUUUAAAGAAUAUUUGUUGAGACUUAUGCAAAAGUUUGUAAAAUAAUUCCAAGUCCACUAUAAAUACUUGAAGAGCUAUGCUGCUGCUCACAAUUACAUCCUUUUCAGAAUUUUUUGUCAGAAGACCAUGACAGCCAUAUUACUACAAUUGAGCACCAUUCCAUACCUCAUCAUGUAGUGUAUAGGCACAAAACCAGAAGGACAAAGACACCUCCAAAAAUGUGUUCUUCAUCAUAUUUUAUUAAUACAUCUUUAAAUUGCAAUGCUUUACCCAAAACAAGGGUUGACUGAACUAGGACAGCUCUGCUUUAAGGACCAUUAUUCUACCACAUCUUUCCAAGGGGCUUAAGGGGUCUUACUCCUUACCUCUGCCUUUUCAGUUAGGCUCUGAUCAUUCUGGCUCUUCUUGAUGUCACAAGACACUUGUCUGAGCUCCUUGUUGGAGUAGUCAGCUCUUGUCUUUGCCCAUAAGCAGGAUGAUAUGUAUAUGUUGUUAUUAUGAAGUAAUGGGCCGUUUUUCCUCUGUCUUUGAGAGCCUGCAGCAGUUUCAAGCAGUACUCACUGUUUUAAGUGGAGGCAAUUUAAUGUAUUCCCACACAUUUCUUGUGCCUCUAGAAUCACUAUCUUCAAAACAAAUAUUUAGAGAGAUGUCAGCAUUGACUUCACCUUGGCAAUCCUAACCACUUUGCAAGAAAAUGUCACGGACUGUGGGGAAACAGAAAUCAAGGACUUAAGUUCAGCAGUCUGAUAGCACUAGUUCUCUGUUCUUGCAAGUAAAUCCUUUGAAUCUGAUGUCUCUUUUCUGUUGCUAUACUUGUCUAUACAAGCAACCUUCCUGGUAGUUUAAUUUCUGUAAGACACUAAAUAUCCCCUUUAAACAUUUGUUAAUGAGUAAUCCCUGUAAUCAUACAUAGCACAAACAGACAAACUUAAUCUCUUCCUCAAGAGAUUCCUUUAUAACUCUUCAUCCUGCUCCUCUCCCUCAAAAUCCAGUCUAACUUGUAGAUUUGAUUCAUUGAAGGGAAUCAAGACAACUUGGAGGAGAGAAGAAAUUUGAUACACUGCUUAUUAAUACAGGGCAAAACCAUUUUAUUCUUGUGCAGAAAAAGCUACAUUAUAAAUGUAUCUAUGGACAGCCUAAAUAACUGUUAUUGUCAAGUACUCAGUCUUCUAGAAAAAUUGUCUAGAACAAUGUAGUUUAAUCAUAAAUUCAUUAGGUAUUUCCAAAAGAGAAUGGUAUCAUUGUUCUAGUUACCUUAAGGAAGUAAAUUGAAAGCUGAAAAUAAGAAGCAGGACUAGCAGGAACUUCAAAUCCUUUGCUGUGGAUUUCAUGGACUGUAGAGCUAUCAAAAGUAGAGAAAAGGAAGAAAAAGAGCAGAACACACAAGGGCAGCUGUCUUUAGCAAUCCCUAUUAUUGAAAGGUCAUUUUGUCUUUGUAUGCUUAUUCCUGUAUACAUUUCAUUCUGUGUGUACUCUAUUAAAGAGGGACAUCAGUAUCCUAACGCUGUUGCUGUAGGGAUCUAGCACAGGACUGCACAUAACUCACAGUGAGCAUUCAAACCUAAGUCCCUUCUCUAAGCAAGUCUGUCGUCUGCAGGGUUAACAAAGGUUUGGCCAAUGAACACUGAGGCACGUUUCAUCCUGUUCUAGCAUCCUGCCACUAGCAGGUCAGAUUAGCAACAACCUUGUAUUGUAUCCCUUCUUUAGAGGGUGUGAGCAUGAACAUCACAAAUACCUACAUUGUUAAUGCCUUGGCAUAGUGUAAAUGAAUCACACCUUGAACGAGUGCCCUACUAAAAUUAGCAUCUUAGAUCCUGCAUUAUAAUGUUUUAUAAAAGCAGAUCCAUAAACACUGUCUGCAGCCUUACAUUCACCAAGCCAAAGGCAUUUUUAAUGGAUAUAUUAGAAAUUGUAUGGGGCUGUUUUAAAAUGUCCUGACAUUUAAAGUCAUUGAUGUUUUAGAUAACUUAAAUGUAAAUAUUGUGCUUAUAUGUAUAAUCUCUGAGUAGAAAUGGUAUCAUUUAUUUGCUUAGUAAAGGAUAAGUUAAGAAUCUUUUUUAAAUACAUAUGCACUUGUUCUAAGAUAAAAAAGCAGAGUUCUUAUACCAUCUAACAAACAGAAAUAGUUUUAUUUCCAUGAUAAUUCUGAUUUGGUUCUUAAAUCACAGAUGAAAAAGGAGUAAAUGAAUAGCUUAUUUAGUCCAAGAAAAAAAUUCAGUUCAUUAUAUACAAUAUGUUAAAAUGAAGCAAUGUUGAGGGAGAAGGAAUGCAUACCUAUAUGACACAGGAACUGUGGAUUCCCACUAAUGUUUCAAAUGUCCAUAAUUAGGACAGCUUUCAUUACAGCAAUAUAUAAAAAAGCCAGGGCAGAACUUAGAAAGAAUGAAUCUACUAUAAUGUUGUAUUGCACUAAAAUCAUAUAAUUACUUGGGUUGGAGGGGACCUUAAAGAACAUCCAGUUCCUACCCCUCUGUUCUGGGCAGGGACACCUUCCACUAGACCAGUUUGUUCAGAGCCCCAUCCAAGCUGGCCUUGAACACUUCCAGGAAUGGGGCAUCUGCAACCCUUUUGGGCAACCUGCUCCAAUGCCUCACCACAUUCAGAGUAAGGGGUUUCUUUCCUAGUACCUAAUCUAAGUCUGCUCUCUUACAGUUUGAAGCCAUUUCCCUUUUUCCUGUCCCUACAUGCUCUUGUGAGUAGUGUAGGUGCCCACAGAUCAGCAUUAUCUGCUCUCUUUACUGCUGGGGCUAUGACAACCUGUUUGGUUAACACCAGCACCACAUUAUUUUCUUUCUAGACACUCUUGUCUUUGAGAUUAACUUCUUCUUACCUUCCAUUUUACAUAUAUGACUGGUGUACAGCUUUCAUUUUGGAUUAAUCAAUGUGCUUUCUUGUUGUAGAAACUUUCCAGUCAUUCUUUGGUAUGUGUAUAUUUAAUAGUAUUGUAAAGCAAUACAUCAUUUCCACAGUGUUCAACCAAUGAAA